CUUCACAGUCGUGACCAGAAGAACGAGCCGAGCUAACGUAUCGGAAACGUUAUAAUACCAGUGCAGUCAAAGAGGCCAACGGCUGUCGACCAAGGAAAAGCGAAAAUACCAGUAUAGCUAUAUUGAUACCCGUUUAUCAACUAUAAAAGUAAUAUUGUCAGUUGAUGUAAAGCUAGUUGGGGUAGAUCGCCGUACACUACAGCUAAUUGCUAUAUGCUAGUUUGCAUCACGUAGCUAGCCUUUGCUCUAUCUUCGACAACCGGUCCCUACGCACUAGCAGAAUGGCCUUAAAACGAAUUCACAAGAGAAGUAGCAUUGUAUUUGCUGAGAGCUGGCAGCAAGCUGAUUUAGGUCUGCUAUUAGAACCAGUAAAAGCUGCUUUACCACUCUUUGGUAGCGGAAUGACUUUGGCUUCCCUCCAGGCCUGAAGACAAAGACUUUUCUCUAGACUGGACAUCCUGAUGGGCUGACCCCAGGUGGUGAAGGAGCUGAACGACCUGGGCAGGGACCCUCCUGCACAGUGUUCCGCUGGCCCGGUUGGAGACGACAUGUUUCAUUGGCAAGCUACAAUUAUGGGGCCUAAUGACAGCCCAUACCAAGGUGGUGUUUUUUUCCUGACUAUUCAUUUCCCCACAGACUACCCCUUCAAACCACCUAAGCUUGCGUUCACCACAAGAAUUUACCACCCAAAUAUUAACAGUAAUGGCAGCAUCUGCCUGGAUAUUUUGAGAUCACAGUGGUCUCCAGCAUUAACUAUCUCUAAAGUACUUUUGUCCAUUUGUUCACUCUUAUGUGACCCCAACCCUGACGACCCGUUAGUGCCAGAGAUCGCCCGUAUCUACAAAACAGAUACAGAAAAGUACAACAGAAUAGCCCGGGAAUGGACUCAGAAGUACGCCAUGUGAUAAUCGGUCAUGGUCGUAUCAACUUGCAUUAUAGCUGGGAAAAAACUAUAAAUUACUGUUUUGUUUUUUUUGCCCAUUCGGCCGCAACCCCUUACCAUCAGCAAAUAACAGUAAUUGAUUUUGUUUUGCCCCCUAAAUGUAUUCACAUCCUCUUAACAAGGACAAAUGUUUCCAAUACCCCUUUUUUUCUUUACAAAAGAUGCCAAUUGCUCUGAACUCUGUGAAGCAUGUGUCUGUAUAAAGCCAACCACAGCCACUUUGUGAAGAGCUCUUGAUUGCUCUGAAUUCACGCAGGAGGUGCCAACUAAAAAUAAAGAUUCUCAAUGCCACCAUUUCUGUAUUGAGGAGAUCAACAUGGUUCAAUCACACUUUUGUACGCUUUUCCAAUAGCAUUAGAGAACUGAUGUCUGUGAAUAUUAUACACUUAAUCUUAAAGUUACGAUUCACACAUUUUGAAUGUUUUAUCGUUUUUGUUCUAUCGAUUCCCAGGUCAUUCCAUGUGUAUCUGAGCUACCGUUCAAGCAGGCAGAAAUGCAACCGGUGCAAAACUUGUCAUGCCGGCCUGCUUGAACGGUGAUAACUCAUAUACACAUGGAAUGACGCAGGAAUCAAUAGAACAUCAGAGAUGCACAAAAACUUUAACAUUCAAAAUGGGUGAAUCUUAACUUUAGCUGUUUUGAAUGGAGAAUUGCUGAAGUUAUAUGCAGUAAAUAAGAAAAAUAUUUUAUGCAUGUUAAUAAGAAAUUGGUUUAUGUGCUGCUGAGAAUGGAUUGAGAGCAAACGUGUUCACUGAUAUUUUGUUACUUUUUGUUUUUAGAACGUGGAGCCAUUAGUUAAUCAUCAUCCAUAACACUGUUCUCUUUUGCACUGAAUACGUUAUUCAAAGUUCUCAAUGGCUGAUCAACUAAUAGCUCUAUUUAAUGGUUACUUUUUUUUUCUCAAUAAAGUUGAACAAAUAACUCUGG